CUCAUGCUCAGAGACUUGUGCUUCCCCACCUUCUUCCUCUCAAGAUGCUCUCAGGAGAUGACAGCAGCUUCCAUCUUAGCAACAGAGGACUCAGGUACAUGAAACAACAGCCAUCGGAGGGCAUUGAAGGCCUUCGCAUUCUCAUACAUCACAAGGAGCAAGGAGCCAAUGUUGUGGUGAAAGCUAAGAUGAUGAUGAUGAUGAUGCCGACGACGACGACAUGCAAUCUGAACUCUCAGGCUUACCAUCUUCCAAAGGGUUUGCCAUGGUUGGCCUUACUGAAGAAAUGCUGCUUGUGCAGGAGGGAGCUGAGCCCUGCCAAUGAUGUUUACAUGUACAGGGGAGAUAAGGGAUUUUGCAGUGAAGAAUGCCGGUCUCGCCAAAUUCUACUAGAUGAACGGAGAGAGUUCGAAGUGGCAACAAGGGAGAGAUCGAAGCUACCUCGUGCCGGCAAUGAGAUUGGCGAAUCAGAUCGAAGCAGGAGGAUACCGACACUGGUUUAAAGAAUUCUUCUAUUGAGCUAGAAAGUUUGAAGAAGAUGUUAUGAAUCCAAUAAUCCGUUUUUUUUUCUCCUUUUUUUUUUUGGUUAAAGGAGAAGAUG